AUGCAAAAACCUCGGAUAGGGUCUCUCGUUCUUUUCCUCUGCUUACUAUUGACAGAAAUAUUCUCAAGAGCAAAGACGCAAGACGUUUCCAUAUACAACGAAAUAUAUGAACAAUUAUACCCAAUACCAUGUGUUCGGCUAUUAAGUGCGACGGGUACGAUAGGGUGUCAAGCCCGCAGCAAGAAGACGGGGAUUUUAUACUGGAUAGAUACGCAAGACACUUUUUCGGUCUUUAUCAAUAGUCGUUCUCCCGGAAAGUAUGCUGUUGUCAUGCCAUAUCCUCUCGUGACAAAUGAUAAUCUUGAUGCACUUGAAUCGUCAGGGAAACUAGGAGGUGUAAUUGCAAUUGUCAGUGGCAAUGUGUCGGAUGUAAAUUUAUCACCAGAACAAUUUUCCCUGGAUUCGGCGUGUCCAAAUUGUGAGUUUGGUUUAUAUCGCGACAACCCGCAAAGGUACCAGUGGAACCCUAUAGGAAGCGGUCUUAUUUAUAAUAGUUAUGACUUUCCCAUAUUUGCUUUGAAUCCUACCGAUCUUGCUACAAACACGACGUUUAAUGAAAUAAUGAAGGGCGCCCAAUAUAACUCACUGGUAGAAUAUACGACAUUUCCAUUAAAAGCGGUUGAAUUCUCUUCUUUCAUGUAUGCCGCUGUAGAUGCAUCGACUUGCCUUCGACGAAAUUGGUGUGUUCCGGUGGGUGGUUUGUCUGUAUAUGCAACACCUUCGUUUAAUAUGUCACAUGAAGAUAAUAAGCCUAUAGUCGUUGUAUCAACGUCACUUGACAGUCGAGGGCUUUUUCACGACAUAGUAUUGGGUGUGGACAAUGGAGUGUCUGGAACGGUAGCAUUGCUGGCAGUGGCCGAUGCAUUAAGCAACUCACCGGUAUCGCUAACAGACUUUCCUAAACAUAUAAUGUUUACUGCAUUCACGGCUGAGUCAUGGGGCUUUGCCGGAUCUCAAAGAUUUGCCAAUGAUAUCAGCACGCCGUUUGAGUGUCACAACUCGUCCAAAUCAGCCAAAGCAUGUCCUUACACUAAUGCCGGAUGUACGGCUCCUUGUGUGCGUGAUCUGGAUUUUACUCGAAUCAAUUUCAACAACAUCGACUCUAUAUUUGAAAUUAGCCAAGUGGCAACACCUGAUCAGUCAUAUUAUGCUCAUGUGGAUAAUGCGAGUGAUCCGGUGACUUUGGCGAUUGUUGAACGGCUGUCUGCAAUAUCCGCAGCAGCAAACGGAACCUCUUUUAUAAAGCCUGCUUAUGCUGACGCACCAGAUAGAGGUUUGCCGCCAUCAAGUUCAAUGGCUUUUCUGGAAAAGAAUCGGAAAAUUCCUGCUAUCGUGUUGGGUGAUUACAAGGACAACUUGAACAGUGAAUAUGAUGUCAAUUAUGCUGCACAGUCUGUAGCGGCAAUAUGUGCGUUAGCCAAUGUUACUGCACAGGCUGUUUGGCUUCAGGCUCAAGAUAAAUUAGCAAAUGAGACGACCGCACCCGUAACAGCCAAUUGCACGUUGGUUACCGAAUUAAUGGAAUGCCUCACGACGAAUUAUUCGUUAUCCGGUAUAGGACGGAUUAGUCAUUAUUCAUCCGUAUUUCAGUUUGACACGACGACUUUACUACCAUACUUUGCGUACAAUUUCCUCGCAAAUGCAACGGCAGCGACACGAAGAGGAGUGUGCGAUACAACAGCGGAUUGCGCUGACUCGGAAUUAUGCAUUCAAAGCCAAUGUGUCAAGACAUUCACUAGAUAUCAUGACGCGUACGGAAUGGGAUUAGAAAUGGAUGAUCAGGCCAACUUUUUUGUUGCUGAUGCUGACAAGCCAACCUGGGUUGAGAGCGUGCGAGAUCCAGUUGGACUGCGUCUGUUUGACAUUUCUUCUACCAUAUCUCAAGUAAUGGAAUUGGUUACGGGUAUAAUAAUCACAAUAACAAGCAUUGUCGCUGUCAUAUACAGUAAACGAUAUUUAAAGAAGACAUUGAAAGAGCUUGUUACUCAUGCUGGCCAAAAGUAUCUCUUAAUAAACAUCUUAGGAAGUGUGGUGUAG